AUGGCGGCUCCAACAAAUGAGAAGAAGGUUAGUUAUAUACACGAUGAUAUUGCUUUCUCCAUUCUCUCCAAACUUCCUGUUAAAUCUCUCAAGAGGUUUUCUUCCGUUUGCAAAUCAUGGAUUAAUCUAUUUGAAAACCCUAUUUUCAUCAACAUGUUCCGCAACAAUCUCUUAUUCACUCUAUACGCUGAUGACGACGAUGUUUAUCUCAUUCUAGACCAGCUUUUUGAACUUUAUGAUUGGAAAUUUUAUUUGCUUUAUGGUGAAGACAAGUUUCAGAAUAAACAAAAAUUGGAUUUGCCAGAUUACGUUGAUUUUAUUCGUGAAGCGUAUGAUGUUGAAGCUAUUAGUAUUUUAGGUUCGGGUAUUAAUGGCAUUCUUUGUAUCUACGACCAUGAUACUCAUACAGAAGUUGUAUUAUGGAACCCUGCAACUAGAGGAUAUAUGAAAGUUCCAUAUAGUGUUCCUGAUUUUCAAGAUGAGGAUUCCACUGAUAUUUCACUUCAUGGAUUUGGCUAUGACCAUGUUAGAGAUGACUAUAAAAUCAUUGAACAUGUGGGUUAUAACGCAAGUUGCCGCACUCCUUCACAUGUUGUGUUCGACCCAUUCUGGGAGAUAUAUAGUCUAGAAAGUAAUUCCUGGAGGAAAAUCAAUUAUGAUAUGCCAAUUCGUGCCCGGGCGACUAGUGAUGUUUACUUGAAUGGGGUGUGUCAUUGGUGGGGGGAAACAAAUAAUGAAACAUGUUUGGUAUCAUUUAACUUGUGCAAUGAGGUGUGCCUUACUACACCUUCACCCUUACCAGAUGUGCCGCCUGAUGGUUUUGGUGUUCAUCUCACUGUUUUAAAUGGCUCUCUUGCUUUGAUAUCUAAUCGGAAAAAUACUGCAUCUUACCAAAUAUCAAUUUUGGGUGAAUUUGGUGUCAAAGAAUCCUGGAUUAGACUCUUUGAUGUUCAACUCGCGUCUUGCAUUGAGCAACCAAUCGGAGCAGGGAUGAAGGGCAAUAUAUUCUUUAGAAAAAAAGAUGAUCAACUUGCUUGUUUUGAUUUAACUACUGGGUUGAUCGAGGACAUUGGUCUUCAAGGAACAGAUUAUGCGUGUCAGGUGGUACAUUACAGGAUAACCCUUCCUUCGAUUGGAGAAAUAAAUGUUUAA